AUGGCAAGAUGGCGGCGACCCAGGGAGAAGCCGCGGAGGCACUUCCGGUCCCGCCCCCUUGCCGUGUCGCACUUCCAGCCCCUCCACGCAUGCGCCGUGGUACGCCGUUGCCAUGGAAGCGACCUGGGCGCCCAGCUUAGAGUUUCGAGGGAUUCCCGGAGCCGCAGAAGCUCUGGAGGUAGUUCAGUGAGCCCGCCAGACACAGAGCUGAGGCUGCGACGCCGGAGACAGGGAUGGGAGGGCCGCUUGCGGCCAGCCCUGAACCAGGAAGCCAGGAGCCAGAAAGCCAGGCACCUGCAUGAGUCCCGGACCUCACAGCCUAGUCCAAAAGCUGGGCAUAGUCAGCCAUUCCAGCUUCAUGGGCAAACAUCUGUGAAAGGAGCUGUGGGGAUGGCACACCUGCUAGGCAGCCAGGCCUGUAUGGACAGCCUGCGCAAGGACCUCACCGACCUGCAGGGCACCAUUGUGGAUGUGUUCUCUCGUGCCGGGCCUGUGCGUUUCCCCUCCUGGAAGUUCCCUGACCGAGUGGCCUGUGACCUUGACAUGGUAGCCCUUCUGGAGCAUUAUGACCACGUGCCAGGCGACCCUGAGUUCACUCAGUUGUCCCACGCCGUGCUGCUGGAGCUUGUCAUUGACAGGCUCCUGCUGCUGCUUCAGAGUUGUGCCAGCUACGUGGAAAACCUCAGCUUGGAGCAGAUGAUGCCUCCUGCCCGGGCUGCAGGGCCGUGCAUGUCCGUGGGGCUUACAGUGAGGCGCUUCUGGAGCAACCUGCUGAGGCUUGGCGUGCUCUACCAGCAGGCAGUGCCCCAGAAAAGAUCAAACCAGGGAGAGAUUUCCAUCAACAAGCCCACAGCUAAGGGUGAACCAGCCAGGAGCCCCGAAUGUAUGACUGCCAAGUUCAUCAAGCCUCCCUCCCCGGUGCCAGGCUUGCCUGUGAUCUGCCAAGGGCUGCAGAGCAUCCCUGUCAGAAUCUCCCUGCGGAGCCCAGGUGGGACCUCUGAGAAAACUAAGAGCGUCCACUCCCAGACGGUCGAGACAGCCUUGGUGCCCUGUGAUGCUUGCACCAGUGUCCAGGGCAGCUUGUGGGAGGUGGGCAAGGUGGUUAUCAGCCUAUGUCAGAGCCAAAACUUGCCUUCAUCCUUGGGCCAGUUCCAGAAGUUGGUGCAGGACAGCCUGGGGCUUAAACCGCUGCCAGCUGCCACUGUGGGCCACUGGGCAGCGGAGCAGAACAAAGACCUGACUCGUCUCAAUAAACAUGUGGGGGCCCUCACCCAGCUUGUUGGGCCCCUCAGAGCCCAGCUGGAAGAGGCUGAGGGGCAGAAGGAUGGACUGAGGAAGCAGGUGAGCGAGCUGGAGCAGAGCCUGCGGCAGGAGCAAGGGGAGCGGCAGCGGCAGACAGAGGAGGCCGAGCGGACCCUGGCCAAGUGCGAGCAUGACAGGCAGCAGCUGCUCACAGAAACGUGUGACCUAAAGACAAAGGUGGCCAUUCUGGAGGGAGACCUGAAGCAGCAGCAGAAGUCCAUGCAGGCCAUGGAGGCAAAGGCCCAGCAGCUGGAGGAGGAAGGUGAGCGUAGAGCAGCCGCUGAGAGGCAGGUGCAGCAGCUGGAGGAGCAGGUGCAGCUGCUGGCAGGGCGGCUGGACGGGGCUAGCCAGCAGAUCCGCUGGGCCAGCACAGAGCUGGACAAGGAGAAGGCCCGCGUCGACAGCAUGGUCCGUCAUCAGGAGUCCCUGCAGGCCAAGCAGAGGACUUUGCUACAGCAGCUGGACUGUCUGGACCAGGAGCGGGAGGAGCUGCGGGGAAGUCUGGAUGAGGCUGAGGCCCAGCGGUCUGAGUUGGAAGAGCAGCUGCAGAGUCUUCAGAGCGACAGGGAACAGGGACAGUGCCAGCUACAGGCCCAGCAGGAACUGCUGCAGAGCCUGCAGCAGGAGAAACAGGACCUGGAACACGUGACUACAGACCUGCAGCUGACCAUCUCUGAGCUGCAGCGGCAGCUGGAGGAGCUGAAGGAGCGGGAGCGGCUGCUGGUGGCUUUCCCAGACCUGCACCAGCCAGAGGAGGCCCAGAUCCAAAGCUCUAGCGAUGUCACGCAUGACAUGGAGAGGCAAGUGCAAGCCAAUGAUAUCCGUAUCCAGGUCCUACAGGAGGAGAAUAAGCGGCUCCAGGCGAUGCUGACCAAAAUCCGAGAGGUGGCCCAGCAGGGAGGCCUCAAGAUGGUCCCGCAGGGCCAGCUCUGGUCCCCUCCCUACAAGGGUAUCCAGGGAGCAACACCUCCAGCCCAGGCCCAGGGUGCAUUCUCGGGACCCACAGGCAAACGGCAGUCUCCAGGCAGCAGGACAAGCAGUACAGGCAGGACCCAUCCUGGCGGGCCCCGACAAUCCCCCUCUCGGCCGCCCGGCAGCUUGCCCAGCAAGUUCUCUUUGGGGGAUGGAACCCACUCAGCCACCCAGAACCCCAUAAGGGCCUUGGCCAGGCUGAGGAGAAAGCUUUCACCGAACCGUCAGGCUGGUUCUGCAUACCCAUCCCAGGAGCGGCCAACGUAACCCGCAGCAGGGGUAGGGCUGGGCAGGUGGCUAGCAAGCCCCAUGGAAUAAAAGCCCCAGCCAUCUGCCCACAGCGAUCUUGGCCUCAGCGUGGCUGAGCUGGGGGAACAGACCUUCCCUUCUUGUUGGGUAAGGUCCUCUGUGAUCCCACCAUGCAGGUCGCUGACCAAUAGAAGCCUCACAUUGAGUUGGGAGCUUCCUGUUUGCACUGUGGGAAGGCCACGUUGACGGGCAGCGCCUGAGCCACAGUGAAGCACAGCCUUUGCGUCCCAUAGAAAGGGCUGAGGGGUAACUCCAGACUCACUGGCCAGCACACAGGGUAGGGCUUGGGUGCGAGGACACAUCUGAAACGAGGAGCCAGCUAGGAGCUGCCCUCCGGGUCAGCAAGGCAGGCAGAGAACUGUGCUGCCUUUGCCUUGCACCUGGGCUCUGCAUCUGGUACAGGACCAUAGGGCACCAGGCAGCUCAGCAGGAGCUUGUUCCCCUAGGAACUACUGGGAGAUCCGUCUUAAGUCCUAGAGGUCAGAGCCCCACCAUACCAUUAGAAUUAGACCUUGGGGCUCACCCAGUACUGGAUGACACAAGGUCAAGCAAGGAUGCUACCAGCCUCGCCAUGUACACAGUGGGCAUUCUUCUAAGCAAGCCACUAGCCUACCUUGAGUCAUGUUUGUGAUGGGCAGGGUCUAAAUUUUUACUGAGGAUGUCUCAGGGCACACUCGCCUAGUGUGGGGGCAUUAUUUAUUGUGUAGUGGGUUGAGUGCCUAAGUUUACAGUGAAGGAUCAGUGGCCAGGUCUCCCAACCUGCUCCUUUUUGGGGGGAGGGGUGUAUUUCAAGAUAGCACUUCUCUGUGUAGCCCUGGCUGUCCUAAAACUCUGUAGGCCAGGCUGGCCUUGAACUCACAGAGAUCUACCUGCCUCUGCCUCCUGAGUGCUGGGAUUAAAGGUGUGUGCCACUACUGCUGGCCCAACUCUGCUUCUUAACAGCCAGGGGUUCUGGGGGCUACUGGAUACUUUAGCUACUCUACCAAGGGAGAGCCAGCUUUGGGGAGAGCUCCCUGAGAGAGACCCUGUGACUGCGAAUAUCCCAGGCCUCUGCUGAGUCAACAUCCACUUAUUAGCUCUCACUUGUGCCAGUCAGUAGUAGGCUAGACCUUUCUCAUCUAGGUGACACAUACCCUAGGGAGGCUGAAACAGGAGGAUUGAGAGCUUAAGGCUAGCCUAUAUAGCAAGGACCUAGCUCGGACAACAGAUGGACAGGCACAGAACAAUAGGAAACAGUCAAGUGUCCCGACGUCCACAUCCGUCUGUCUGACCAGGUGCUUUGCUCAGGGUGCUCGAGGGGGAACUAAGGUAGCACUCAGGAUGGCCCCUUUAGAUGGCGCUGGGCAAGAGUCCUCUUACAAGCUCCUGGCUGUGACAGAACUUGAUGCUUAGGCUUAGGCUGUGGGGCUGAGGUCCCCAGCCCUUGCUGCUCUUGCCUGGCCUCUUAUUCACACUACCCAUCUUCAAAAAGGCAGCAGAGGUGGGCAUGGUAGCACUUUAAUUCUAGUACUCAGGAGGCGGAAGCAGUAUCUCUUUGAGUUUGAGGCUAGUCUGGUCUGUAUAGAAAGCUCCAGAACAGCCAGGACCACAUACAGACCCUGUCUCAAAAAGAAAAAAGGAAGAAAAGGGGGUGUGUGCAGCAGAGAAUGACUAGAAUGCACUCCUGCAUGGAAAGCCCUUCAGUCCCCGACUUCCUCCUGCUUCCCACGGCGCACGUGUUGGCCAGAUGCUCUCCUCAUUUUUAUUGUUAUUGUUUAGUGUUGGGAACUGAAUUCAGACCCUUGUGCAUUCUAUGCAAGUGCUCUACCAGCUCGCCAUGCCCCAGCCCUUGCCUCUCUCAGCUGAAGGUCACUUUACGUAACUCACUCACAGGGGCUAAGACUUUUUAGAGUCACUAUUUUAAAGAUUAUUCAAGGGAUGAUCUUGCAGCCCAUGAGUGCAAGGCCUUGAGGAAUGUAAGAAUUCUACCUGUUCCCAGCAAGAGAAACCAAGGUGACUGGCAUUUUGUUUGUUUUUCUUUUUGAGAAUAGCCCAGGCUGACUUAAAACUCACUGUGCAGCCAAGGAUGAUCAGGAGUGUAUGGUCCUCUGAUUCCCCUUCCUAGAGGAUACAGACCAGGGAUUACAGGGACUGCCCCGUAGCCCAAUUUAGUCUUGAACUUUUUGCUUUGUUUUGUUAUUUUGAGACAGGGUCUCUCUCUCUGUGUAGCCCUGACUGUCCUGGAGCUCACUAUGUAGACCAGGCUGGCCUUGAACUCACAGAGAUCUGCCUUCCUAUGCCUCACCAGUACUAGGAUUAAAGGGGUGCACUACUGUGCCCAGCUGGUCUUGAAC